AUGUCGGCUCCUGUAGAGCAGAGCGUCGCCUCUGCGCCCGAGUUUUUCGAGUCCAUCGGCGCAAAGGCCAGCCAACUCAACGGCGCGACCAACGGCGUUGAUGGCGCGGGGCAAGAGGGCGACGACGAGGCCAAGGUCGUCGAGGAGAUCGAGUCUCUCUGCAUGAACUGCCACGAGAAUGGCACCACCCGCAUGAUGCUCACCAUGAUCCCCUACUUCCGCGAGGUCAUCGUCAUGUCCUUCUCGUGCGACAAGUGCCACUUCUCCAACUCCGAGAUCCAAUCCGCCGGCGUUAUCCAGCCCAAGGGCACCCGAUACGAGCUGCGCCUAACGGACAUGGCUGACUUCGCCCGCCAAGUCGUCAAAUCCGACUCCGCCAUUGUCAAGUUCAUCGAGCUUGACGUUGAGGUCCCCGCCGGGCGUGGGCAGCUCACAAACAUGGAGGGAAUUCUCUCCAACAUGAUUGAUGACCUGGAGCUUGGUCAAGAGGCACGGAAGGAACAGAUGCCAGAGGUAUACCCCAAGGUUGCCGAAAUCAUCGAGAAGGGCCGCGCCAUGCUCGCUGGAGAUGCCUUUCCCUUCAGAGUCUCGGUGGACGACCCGUCAGGAAACUCCUGGAUCGCCCCUGAUAUGAAGGACGGCGUUGGCAAGUGGGCCAAGCGAGACUAUCUUCGGACACCAGACCAGAACGAGGCUCUCGGCCUUGGCCAUGUCGAGUCCGCCGUCGACGCUACGCAGACGACUGCCGACGAAGAUAUUAUCCCGGACCAGGUCUACGCCUUCCCGGCCACAUGCCCUGGCUGUAUGCGCCCUUGUACUACCAACAUGAAGAUGGUCGACAUUCCCCACUUCAAGGCUGUGGUUCUCAUGUCAACCGUAUGCGAAGACUGCGGAUAUCGGUCCAACGAUGUCAAGACUGGUGGCGAGAUUCCCGAGCUAGGAAAGAAGAUCACCCUCAAGGUCGAGUCGAACAUUGACUUGGCCCGAGACAUUCUCAAGAGUGAAAGUUGUGCUCUCGAGUGCCCCGAGCUGAGUCUCCAGGUCAAUCCAGGAACUCUGGGCGGUCGUUUCACAACUGUUGAGGGUCUUCUUACCCAGGUUCGAAACGACCUGCACGGUCAAAUCUUCGAGGCCGGCGAUGGCGGUGACUCCUUGGCCAGCGAAGAGCGGACAAAGUGGACCGACUUCUUCGGCGGCCUCGAUGCGGCCAUCAGUGGCGACAAGAAAUUUACCAUCGUUCUGACAGACCCCUUAGCAUCCAGCUACGUCCAGAAGCUUGUCGACCCCGACCAGGAGGAUCCACAAAUGACAAGCGAGGAUUACCAGAGAACAGACGAGGAAGAGGAGGACCUGGGCCUUAAGGACAUGAAGACCGAGGGAUACGAGCAGGAGCACCAAGACAGCCUGAUGAACGGCACAGCGGAGGCUUCGUGA